AUGUCCCGCCCCCCAAUGCACGCCACCACCUUCAACACCGAAACCCGGCUCUAUCUCACUCUUCCUAACAUUGAAUCCCCCGAGAGCUGCGCCUAUUACAUCUUCGUUCCUAUCUUUGGACGAUUCACAGACGCAGAGAUUCUCUCCGAGCUCAUCCGCUUCGCGACGAACAUCCAGACGCCGCUAGACACGCUCCAGCUGCCUGGCAAUGCCUUCCGCCGUGGUGGUCUGUGGCUUGAGCUUCUGACGCCGCUGGGCUGUAAUUGUAGCGACGUGGUGCUGCGUCUGUUUGCGGGGUUGAAGGAGUUCCAGGAGAUGCUGGCGCAGGAGGGAGGUAAGCUGGCGCUCGUGGAGAGUCCGGUUUACGGGGUGGAUGACUUUUCGGAGCGAUUUCCAAAUAUGAUUAUGCCGAAGGGGGGUGGGUAA